CCAAGGAACCACCGGCUCCAAGAACAUCUGAGCUUGUGGUCCGAGAUAUGCAGCUUUCCUUGAGAUUGGGGAUCACCAUAAAUGGAAUCAAGGGUCCUUCUCCGCUAAUGAAUCUACCAGGAUUUGAUCUUGUGGCCGGAGUGAGCGUCGAGUAUAUGCACGCCGUUCUUCAAGGAGCAGCAAAGCAGUUUACAGAACUGCUGCUUUCUUCAUCCAACUCUCAAAAACGGUUCUACAUAGGAGCACCAUCCUGCGUGGCACGGGUCAACAGCCGCCUCCUCCAGAUCAAGCCACCACACUGUGUGACAAGGCUGCCUCGUUCACUCAACGAGCGCAGUUUCUGGAAAGCGUCAGAGUGGAGACUCUGGCUUCUGUUUUACGCUCUUCCUUGCCUCGUGGACAUUCUGCCUCUGGAGUAUUGGAAACAUCUCUCCAAGCUCUCGCAAGCAAUACACAUCUUGCUACGUGAGACCAUCACAGCCGACGAGAUCAAGCGUGCAGAAAAUCUGCUGAUCGACUUUGUUGGUCGCUGUGAGGCCUUGUAUGGAGUGGCUUCGCUUACGUUCAACGUGCACCAGCUCCUCCACCUGCCAAACUCCGUGCGUCAGUUGGGACCACUUUGGGCGCAAUCCGCAUUUGUUUUCGAGGGAGGAAACGGAAAGUUGGUGAAGCUGGUCUCUGCAGCUAGAGGACUUCCGGAUCAAAUCGUAGAGCGAGUCGUAAUGACGCAGCAGCUUGAAUGCCUUCUGGCAGAUAGCAACGUGGCAAUCACUGCCAAUGAGCGGAGUGUGUGUGAAAGAUUUCUUGAUUAUUCACACAUCCAGAAUGCCUGCUAUGUUGAUGAAGCAUGCUUGCUAGGACGUGAAAAAGCUGCCAUUCUAACAGCUAUCGAGGAACGUGCGCUAGAGGUCUACGGUGGGACAGGCACAGUUGGCAGCGCUUUGGAAUACCAGCGUUUUGUGUACAAGGGGCAGGUGUUCCAUAGCACCGCAUACACAAGAGCUUCAAAGAGUGACACCACUGUAGUGUCAACUGCUGAUGGGGAGUAUUUCAGAAUUAAGAGAAUUCUCCAUGUUGCUGGUCUCGGGUGCACGCUCCUUUGCAGACGGCUGGUGUUACGGGAGACACCACUCUUUCCUGAGCAUAUAAAGGAAUGUUUUCCUUCGCAGGUAGACAUCUGUAAGGUGCUGAAACCCGAGGACAUUAAGGCCAACUGCCUUUUCAUGGUGUUUCCGGCUGACAGCAAGUGCUUUGUGUGUGACAUGCCGAACAAAAUUGAGAGGGACUAAAGUUCUUUAACAUGUAUACAGGGCUUUUUUUUCCUCAUUCUUUACAGAAUUUAAAAAAGCGUGUGUUGGGUACAUAGAUUCCGUCUUCUCUGUGUACUUCUGGGGCUCGGCAGACAUUAGAUGAGUGGAUAAACGUCACAAUAUUUUGACUAAUUAAUCAAAAUGUGUUGAUUGAUGUUUUAAUUAACAGUUUAAUGGGCCACAUACACUAUCAGUUUUAAAGAGCGCAAUGUCUAUCUGCCAUUUAAGUGAUGCGACAGCUCUCUAUGCUGUAGAUGAGCAAUUUAGCCAGUGCAGUGUAACCGCUAGACUCGGGUCUUUAAUGUGCAUCAUGCAAUAGUAAUACACAAACAUGUGCCAGCACGAUGCUCAUCCAGAUCGAAAUGGGUAGGGGUUGUGGAUAGAACCGAAGAAUAUUACCGCUUGCAUGUGAUCGCACAUACUUCAUUACUUUUCUCUUUCAAACUUAAAAUGCAUUUGGUGGUGCAUGUUUGUGCA